AUGUCCCAACCCAAAAUUACUUUGCACUGGUUAAAUGCUUCCAGAUCCCACCGUAUCUUAUGGUUGCUAGAAGAACUCGGACUCAAGUAUGAUAUCAAAUUGUAUCAAAGAGAUAAAAGGAGUAGAGCACCACCGGAACUUUUCAAGGUCCACCCUUUGGGAAAGUCUCCUGUUGUGGAAAUAGAGGAAGAAGAUGGAAGUAAGAAGGUGUUAGCUGAAACUGGCCAUAUAGUCAGCUAUCUUGUUCGGAAAUUUGAUACAAAGGGUCAAUUAAGUGGUAAGACAGAGGACGACAAAGAACAGAUUGACUACUUUACUCAUUACACCGAAGGUAGUUUGCAACCAAUCUUGGUUGGUUUGUUUGUGAACGAUGUAGCUAAGCAGCAGACUCCGUUUGGAGUUAGGUUCCUUACGUCUAUGAUCGUAGGUGCCAUCAAUAACGCCUACUAUGGAAAAGAGGCUCUAUUACAAUUACAGUAUGUAGACGACUAUUUGAAGAAGCAGCACCAAAAAGGAAGCAAGUACUUCGUUGGUGAUUCUUUGACUGUCGCCGACAUCUUGAUGGAGUUCCCUCUCAAGACCAACCUUUUCUCGAAUCCAGAAAGGACAAGUACACUACUUGGCUCAGAUAGUCUUGAGUCGAAGUAUCCCAACAUUUCUGAGUGGUGCAAAUUUAUUACCAAAGAACCCGGCUUGCUUCGUGCCAACGGAGCCAUUCAAGAAAAAAGCAAAUUAUAG